GCAAAGUUCCAAAAACAUCGCAAAAAGAACGGCAAAAACGCAUCCUUUCUUCUACUAUACCACUACUACUACUGUACCACAGCGAGCAGCCGCGUUUUUUUUUUUUUCCCUAGCGGUUUCCGGUUCGCCUCCGGCCUCCCACCGCCGCGGCGCUCGCGAUACGCUAGUAACGUCCUCGCGUCGCGUGCUCUCUUCCCUCUCGUGGCCGGCCGCCGGGAAGGAAGAGGAGGGGACGGACGGAAGCCAUGGCGGAGCCCGGCGGGGCGGAGGCGGAGGCGGCGACGCUGGAGUUCACGCCGACGUGGAUCGUGGCGGCGGUGUGCUCGCUCAUCGUGCUCAUCUCCCUCGUCGCCGAGCGUUGCCUCCAUUACCUCGGCAAGAAGCUGAAGAGGAAGAACCAGAGGCCGCUCUACGAGGCGCUCCUCAAGGUCAAGGAAGAGUUGAUGCUUCUUGGGUUUAUUUCCCUGCUGCUGACGGUGUUCCAGGGUCUGAUCCAGAAGACCUGCAUUCCUCCUCGCUGGACUAUCCACAUGCUGCCAUGCCACAAGGCUGGUGAAGUGGGCGCCACUAAGGAGCACGUUGCUGCUGCUCAGAUCAUUGGCAGAAUUGGGAGGCGGUUGCUCAGUGAAGGUGGAGCUGGGGCAGAGCUUUGCCAUAAGAAGGGGAAAGUUCCAUUGCUGUCCAUUGAAGCUAUACAUCAGUUGCACAUUUUCAUAUUUGUUCUGGCUAUCACACACGUUAUUUUCAGUGUUUCAACUGUGCUUCUAGGAGGUGCUAAGAUACACCAAUGGAAACAAUGGGAGAGUGAAAUUCAGAAAGGUUCUGCGGGAAAUGGUCAACCAGGGCCUGUGAGGGUGACCCAUGUGCGUCAGUUUGAAUUUAUCAAUGAUCAUUUUAAGGGCAUGGGCAAAGAUUCUAAAAUAUUGAGCUGGCUUCAUUCUUUUGUUAAGCAGUUUUGUGGAUCAGUUUCUAAAUCAGACUAUGCAACAAUGCGUCUUGGCUUUAUCAUGACUCAUUGCCGUGCAAACCCAAAAUUUGAUUUUCAUAAAUAUAUGAUGAGGGUUUUAGAGUCUGACUUCAAGAAAGUGGUUGGCAUAAGCUGGUACUUAUGGGUAUUUGUUGUGAUCUUUCUCUUGCUGAAUGUCAAUGGUUGGCACACAUACUUUUGGAUUGCUUUCCUUCCCCUUAUUCUUCUACUGGCUGUUGGCACUAAGCUGGAGCACGUCAUAGCUCAGCUAGCCCAUGAUGUGGCUGAGAAGAACUCGGCAAUUGAGGGUGAUUUGGUCGUUAAACCAUCAGAUGACCACUUCUGGCUUGGGAAGCCCAGGAUUGUCCUGUACCUGAUCCACUUCAUUCUCUUCCAGAACGCUUUUGAGAUUGCAUUCUUCUUCUGGAUACUUACCACAUAUGGGUUCAACUCCUGUAUAAUGGGGCAAGUUGGUUUCAUCGUGCCAAGGCUUGUUAUCGGGGUCAUCAUCCAGCUUCUCUGCAGCUACAGCACCAUGCCUCUGUAUGCGGUUGUCACUCAGAUGGGGAGCUUCUACAAGAAGGAGAUCUUCAAUGAUCACAUACAGCAGGGCGUGCUGGGCUGGGCACAGAAGGUUAAGAUGAGGAAAGGACUCAGGGAGGGCGGCGCCGGUGCCGGUGCCAGUGCCGGCGGGGUGGCCGCCGAACCGUCCGACGGCGACGGCGACUCGGCGGGGCCUUCUGUCAGGAUCGAAAUGAUGAGAAGGGCAGCGCGGGAAGGCAAUGAUGCCGGUAGAAGCAUAGAGUGAUGGGGCCAUGGGAGCCAGUAAUGGUUACAGAUAGUGACAUUGCUGUGUUCUAGCUUUUGUUUCUCAAUGUAGGAUGUGUAUGCUGUUCUGUUCCGUUGUGAUUGGGAACCUGGAAUGUUGCUGCGAGUGUUCAUGUGCUAUCAUUUUUAUAGGUUAGCCGUUUCACCGUGGUGUUUUCGGGUCUGGAUACUCUAAGUCAUUGACAGGUGGACUCGGUCCGGUAUAACGGAUGCUGGGUUUAGAUCCUCUACAGUACUGUCUCUAUAGUAGUCAUUGACAGUAAACCUGGUCCAAUAUAUCAGAUGUUGCCAUUGUACCGGCGGUAAUGCGGAAAAUCUGUCAAUGACUGCUACUUGUAUUAAAGGGGUGAGGUGAAAAUAUGAUUGUACACAACAGCACAAAUAGCUUUAAGACCCCACUUGAAAGGCGUUUCAAUGAAACAGAUUAGUCACUCGAUUAUUCUUGUA